UUGCCUAACAUAAUAGAGAUAUGGGAGAAGGGAUUACUCAUAGCCUCAGAAAACGAAUCAAAGUCUUGCCGACUGAAAGAUUUGGAGGUUUCUAAUUGUGAGAAAUUGGUUCAUGUGGUUCGGUUCAAUAUGCUCCCACGACUGCAAAAUCCAGAAACAUUCAAGGUAGACAAUUGCCCAAAGAUGGAAGCAAUAGUCGCGGAGAAAGAAAAAGAAAAAGGAACCACUAGUAAUGAUAUCAUCGCGUUCCCUCAAUUAACCACUCUUAAUCUUUCGGAGUUGGCGAGCCUUAAAAGUUUCUACAACUGGCCUACAAGAUUUGAAGCACAACCCUUGUUCAACCACCAGGUUUCUUUCCCAAAGUUGAAGACACUAGUUCUCGAUAAUUGUGUAAACUCAAGAGGGAUACAUCCUUGGAAUCUUCAGGCUAGCAAAAUAAGUUUAAAAUUCUUGGACGUAGCGAAUCUGGACAAGUUAAUUGUGAGAAAUUGUAGUGAGGUGGCAGAGGUUUUUCAACUUGAGGGGCUAAAUGUUAGAGAAGGACAACAUGUUAGGCCAUUAAUUGAAGUAAGAAUGAUGGAAUUGGAUGGAUUACUUCAAUUGACAUGUUUGUGGAACAAGGAUCCCCGUGGAAUUCUGGGCCUUCAAAGCCUACAAUACCUAACAAUUAAGAAAUGUUCCCUCUUGAGAAAUCUAUUCACAUGUUCCACCGCCAUGGCUCUUCAACAACUUAAAGUACUUUAUUUGGAGUCCUGUCCAAUGAUGGAAGAAGUUAUUGCAGCAACAGAGGAUGGGCUCAAGGAAGUGAUUGAUGUGAUUGAAUUCCCAAAGUUGGAGUGGCUAAUACUGAAAGAUCUACCAAACCUCAACAGUUUCUGUAAUGCAAACUAUAAUUUUAAUUUGCCAUCAUUAAACAGAGUUGUUCUGAAGAGGUGUCCGGAUAUGCACAACUUUACUUUGGGACAAGUGCGCAUGUCACAGAUAUUUGUAA